UUCGGCUUUCUGCAGACGAUUGGCAGCUCGGGCGGCCUUGGCGAGAGGAAGAGGAAGCCGUCGGUGCUGCAGUUGCAGCUCAGGCCGGAUGGAUCUGUUCGGGGACCUCCCGGAGGAGGAGGAGGCCUCUGCGGCGCCUUCAGCAGUCGAUAAAGGCGACCAGAGAGGAUCUUUGCUUUUUGAUGAUCUCCCACCAGUCAGCAGCACUGAUUUGGGUGCAGGGAGCUCUUUGCUUUUCGAUGAUCUCCCACCUGCCAGCAGUGGGAACCCAGUUUCGCAUCCUGCAGAACAAGUUUCUCUGUCUGUGAGCUAUGGAAGGGGAGAAAAGAGAAAGUCCACGGAAGGGGAGAAGAAUGGGAGUGAAGAACUUGUGGAAAAGAAACCCUCUAAUCCUCCGAGGAGCUCUGGGUUACAGUCAGCAAUGAGGCUUACCCCCUGCCUCCUCACAACAGCCUUGGGAGAUUUCUCUGAGAUUCUUCCUCUGAAGGGUUAUGUGGCAGAAAGGAAAGGUGAACGAGAAGAGAUGCAGGAUGCCCAUGUGAUUCUGAAUGAUAUUACAGAAGAGUGCAGCCCUCUGCCCUCUCAGAUCACCCGCGUCUCAUACUUUGCUGUCUUUGAUGGUCAUGGGGGAGUUCGAGCUUCAAAUUAUGCAGCACAAAAUCUACAUCAAAACUUGAUAAGAAAGUUUCCUAAAGGAGACGUGCCCAGUGUGGAAAAAGCAAUAAGAAGAUGCCUUCUGGAUACCUUCAAACACACUGAUGAAGAAUUUCUCAAGCAGGCUUCCAGCCAGAAACCUGCCUGGAAGGAUGGUUCUACUGCAACUUGUGUACUGGUGAUAGAUAAUACCUUGUAUAUUGCCAAUCUUGGAGAUAGCAGGGCUAUUCUGUGUCGUUACAAUGAAGAGAAUCAGAAACAUACAGCCUUAAGUCUCAGUAAGGAGCAUAACCCAACUCAGUAUGAUGAGCGGAUGAGGAUCCAAAAGGCUGGAGGGAAUGUCAGGGAAGGUCGUGUUCUGGGUGUCCUAGAAGUCUCUCGGUCUAUUGGAGACGGACAGUACAAGCGCUUUGGGGUCAUCUCUGUGCCAGAUGUCAAACGCUGCCAGCUUACACACAAUGACAGAUUUAUCCUGUUGGCUUGUGAUGGUCUUUUCAAAGUCUUCUCACCAGAAGAAGCUGUGAACUUCAUCAUGUCUAGUUUGGAGGACAAAACAGUUCCUACAAGAGAUGCCAAAUCAGCCGUUGAUGCCAGGUAUGAAGCUGCCUGUAACAGAUUGGCCAACAAAGCUGUGCAGCGAGGAUCUGCUGAUAACGUCACUGUGGUGGUGGUCCGGAUUGAGCAGUGAUGGGAGGAAUACGUGCCAGCAAAGUCCAUGGCAGCAUGCAGUGGAUUCAAUAGAACAAAUUAUGUGUGUCUGUGAGUGUGUGUGGGUGUGUGUGUGUAUGUAGGGUUUUUAUGUGUUUUUCUUCCCUAAAUGCUCUUAUUUGUAAAUAAAAAGGUUGGUUCUUUUUUCUAA